GCGUGUAGGCGCGCGCGUGCAAGUGACACAACUCACUGUGACAGUCAGAUAGUCGGUCGUACCUAGAGCAGCGGCGGCAAAACGGGAAUAAUGUCGACUUUUUUACUCUCACUUUCACUCCACGCGGAGAUGUGGGACACGAAGGUGUUUGGUGGUCAUGAAAGCAACAAGUGACUGAAGGAGAACGCGUGGAAUCACUCCAAAACACGCCGCUGCGAUGUCACUGCUGUGUGUCAGAGUGAAGAAAGCCAAACUUCACGGACCUCCAGAUAAAUUUAACUCUUACGUGACGCUAAAGGUCCAGAAUGUGAAGAGCACAACCAUUGCAGUGCGCGGCAACCAGCCAUGCUGGGAACAAGACUUCAUGUUUGAGAUCAGUCAGCGGGAUUCUGGCUUGGUGGCGGAAUUAUGGAACAAGGGUUUAAUUUGGGAUACUUUGAUUGGCACGACGCUCCUGCCACUUGAUGCCAUACAACAAUCAAACGAGGAGGGUCCCGGUGAGUGGAUUUGUCUGGACUCAGAGGUUCUGAUGAGGAAAGAUGAGAUCUUCGGUACUACUAAACCGACUUCACACCAAGUGCUGCUGGACGUACGCUUUGAAAUGCCUUUUGACAUUCCAGAGCUCGAAGCUAAAUAUUGGACUCGUAAACUGGAUCGCAUUAACAACAUGAACAUUGACGAGCAAGAAUAUCCACCACGCGACGACACAAUUCGCAGGGGGAGGAUGGCGUCCGUACCUUCGCAGUGCUGCAGCUGGAGUUAUUUUGGAUGGACUGACCAGCAAACUUUCGACGACCACGACAGUGCAAUGGACGACCAUGACGGUGAAGCAGGCGUCCGAUCGCUUCCUCCACGCUAUUACAAUACCUCACAGACCAAUUCGUCAGCUCAUCAGUAUCCCAUCGGGGAUCGGGUCCAGCACCCGCAGCUCUUGCGGGACUCUGACUCUUUCCACAGCUUUGACAAGGACCUGCGGGGUUCCGGGCGGUCAAGCAGAAGGCGUAGUGUAAGAAUAGUCCCAGUGGACUCUGGCAUGGGUGUAGAGGACUGGGAGGGCAAGUACAAAUUGCCUGACUCGGAAAUCCUGGAUGACUACUUGGAUCCAGAACAGAAGAUAUGGGAGGAUGAUGACAAGAGCAUCAUCUAUCGCAUUACGGAUACUCCGCUAGCAGCGCAUAAAUCCAGAGGCAGAAGGUUUUACCAGACAGUGGAAUGUGAUGCCCUCUCACCUGAGGAACGCUCCGCACACCGACACCCACCAGGUUUUGGCAAUGGUGAUGUCCGCUUGGUUUACCGGGAAGCCGGCAGCUUUGAGGAUGAGUCUCCACCUCCUGAGAUCGACAUCAUUCCAUCCGUCAAACACCUCCAACACCAUGUGGACCGGGAUGGUCUGCUCUUUAAAACCAGAUUGUGGGCCAAGACGGCCUUAGAGAAUAGCUACGCGGCGUUCCGUGAAGAGGAGGCAGCACGAGAAGCGGCCAGGAUCAGGAGUGAAUUUGGAUCUGUGGGCUCUGAUGAAAUGCAGUACUCCUUUGGAUCAGAUGAGGAACUUGAAGACCUGAUGUUUGCAGAGACUGAUGUUGCAUGUGAGCAUGAGUCAUACCACUAUCCUAGCAGGUAUGUGCCCCAUUUUACAGGGUCCAGAAUGGGACCUGUGUCCAGCUUCUUGCACGAGGAGGAGCCCUGUGAGUACUAUAUUGACCCUAUGGAUGAACUCAAGUGCUUAGUUGACUCCGUUUCGCAGUAUCUGGCUGUGAAAGAAGAGGAGCUCAACAGCUACGAGUCACAGCAGAAACCCAUGAGGCGAAAACUACCGUCACUCCCAAGCGUGCGGCCUGAGAACAGUAAAAAUGACGACGUCCAAGCCAAGGACAACAAAGCUGAAGACAUCAAAGUUGAGGACGCAAAAGUCGGGGACGUCAAAACCGAGGAUAAAUCAGGUGUUAAAAAUGUUAUGACUUCUUUGUUCAGUACGAUCACUGGUUCCAAAACCACCAAUGAACCAGACGCUUCAGCACCUUCCAAAGCUCCCACAGAUGACUCCGGUAUUUUCAAACUGCUCUCUAUGAUCCCAAAAAGUAGCCCUGAAACUACGCAAACGUCCGAAGUGACGUCUACAGACACCCUGCCCUCCAAAGCCACUCCUCAAACUGAAUCUGGAAUUUCCAAGCUUCUUUCUUUCAUUCCGAAAAGCAGUGGUACGUCUCCACCAGUGGCCAUCGUUCCACCCGCCUCCCAAGAUCCUCCCACGGAGAAGAAGUUCUCGCUGCAAUCUCUGAUACCUUUCCAAUCAUCAGAAUCCACUCGGCAAGCUGAAGCUACCCAGACGUCAACGAACACAGAUGCACAAGCUGCAAACCAGACUGCCUCUGGUUUAGAAUCUGUGCUGGGGAGGCUUAGUCCAAUGAGGUUGUUUUCCAGUACACCCACAUCAAGAGAGCCAUCCCCUCAAACAUCAGAAAUACAAAGUACAUCAGUUGCCAGCAAUGCUUCUAUAACCCCAGUCCCUAGUCCUAACAAUAGUCCACAGGUCACACCAAGACCAGAUUCAGGAAGUGGCUCCAUUGAGCUUCUUCCAGAUACAGGAAGCGGAUCAGUAGAGCUUCUCCCAGAGACUGAAUCAUCUGGUGAACUACCGGAGAUUCAACAAAGAACCUCUGUGUUACCCGAACCAAAACCUGAGACAACCCCAGAAGAUACAGGCUUGUUCAGUCCUUUUAGAAAAUCUCUCUCCAGUUUGAUAUCCACAAAUACUCCUGAAAGCUCCACAACAAGUCCCAAACCGACAGAGGAAUCGUUUUUAAGCAGCAAACUCAAGAUCCCGUUCUUCUCCUCUGAAGAUCAUCUAAUUACAAGUGAAGUGAAACCUGAGGGAGGAGUGCUGUCUGGAUUUCUUAAGUUUGCCACUGGGGAAGACACCAGUGUGCCACCAAGGAGUCCAUCCCCAAGUCCCACAAGAACACCCUCUCCGAUUCGUGCUGCACUACUCGAAAGCACCCCAAAAGGAAACACUGAAACGGGCUGGUUUUCAAACCUGUUCAAAGUGGCUCAAAGUGAACCAGCUAAGGAACCCGCAAAAAAUCCAGUGACUCCAAGUGUGACACUCACCAAACCGAGUGAUAUUACGGAACCACAUACUGAGCCAUCAGAGGGCACUGCCAGCGGAACAGAAACAUUGUUGGACAAUAAUUCCAAGAUUCAGACUGAUGUUGGAGCCAAAGAACAACCAGACUCCCAACCACAAACUCCACAGCCUCAAGGGUUUUUGUCCGGGUUGUUGAAACUCGGCCCUACAGAAGAGCUUAAGCAAAUCCAAAGGGACAGUCAGCCUCAACAGGGAGGACUAUUUUCAGGUAUAUUUUCCUCACCCUCCCCGCCUUCUUCCCAAACACCGAACGCUGCACAACAGCCAUCGGCAGGACUGUUAUCUGGCUUCUUAAAAUUUGCCUCUGACAACAUGUCGGUUCCUCCAAAUCAGCCACCAGCACCUGGGGCACAAAACCAAUCUGGUCAAGUACCAGGUCAACAACAGGCUGGAGGUGCACAACCACCAAUAGGUGGACUGUUGUCUGGACUUUUAAAAAAGGCCACAGACUCUGUUAGUCAGCCUAGUCAGGAGGUCAACACAGAUGUAGUGAAUCAAAUGACCCAAAUUAAUGAAAAAGAACCAAGCUUACCUCAAGGUACACCUCAAUCAAGGGUUUUAUCAAGAGAAAUCAAAUCAGGUUCUUUGGAAAGCUCUCCGGCUGACCAGCAGACAGUAGUUGCCUUAGACCAACAUCAAAAAAUACCACCAAAAACCAAAGCCGUGACAUCACAGCCACAAAAAGACCCUUCAGGUACCCAAGGUGCCCAAACAGACAAUCAACAAUCAGCCAAUUUAUUGUCUGGGAUUUUUAACAAGAUUGUAGAACCUACCACUCCAUCAUCUCAGCCACAGUCAGCAGCCCCUCAGCAGGGUGGCUUCCUCUCAGGCCUCUUUGGAAUCGGUAGCCAAGACUCUGCUCCUGCAAAAUCACAGAACCAGCAUCAAAGUGGCACACCAGGGUUACAAUCAUCUCAACAACAGGGCAUCAGACCAAAUUUACAUAGGCAAAACCAAAUACCCCCUCAGCAGCCGCCCCCUAGCAGUCCUGCAGGGAUGCUCACUGGAUUCUUGAGCAAAAUUACAGAUGCAGGUACUCCACCAUCUGCCACCUCAUCAGGUAGUCAACAAGAACAGCAAAAAGCACAAAUGACAGGUCCCAAGACAACCCAGCAACCUCCCAAUCAACAAGGAGGUUUUCUGUCUGGACUCUUUUCAUCAGGUCCUCCUUCGCCAGCACAGAAGCAAAGGGAACCACCUUUGAAUCCUUCCAACAGGCAGCCGCUUCGCAGGCAAACCCAAAUACCCCAACAACCUGCUGCCACUGCCGGUGAACCACAGCAAGGUGGACUGUUGUCAGGUUUGUUUAGUAAAUUAACCACUGAUAACGCACCGCAGCAACCUACCCCACAAGUAAGGCUUCAACAGGGUAGUAAAUCAAAUAGUGCCGGAUCUCAGGAAAAUUCUGGAGCAAACUCUGGUCAACAAGGAGGAUUACUGUCUGGGCUGUUGAAUCAAGCAUCAUCUCCACAGCAAGAACCGCCAGGAAAAAAUACUCAACGUUCCACGACAGAACCACCUAGUCAAAGUGGAGGCUUACUCUCAGGCUUUCUGAAGCUUGCGUCUGGUGAGACUGCAUCUCAGGAACAACAGGCACCCAAAACUCAAGGUGCUCAAUCGACCCAAAGCCCAGCACCACCCGAAUCAGGUGGGCUACUUUCUGGCCUGCUCAACAAAAUGUCUGUUAAUGUGGAGCAAACAUCGUCCCCAGCUGACCAAGCAAACCUUAAAACAAAGCAGCAGCCACCACGUGCAGGACAAUUACGUCCACAGAUGCAGAGAACAAAACCCGUGGAAAUGCAUUCCACACCCGAUGUGGCUGCAGAAAAGGGCUCAAAAGAUCAAAAAGGUUUCCUCUCUGGUCUGUUAAGUUCGGGGGAGGAGUCAUCCUCAAAGACCUCUAUCAUCGGAAAGGGUGAAGUGAAACCAGCCACCACCAGUAGCGCAUCUACCGGUCUGUUGUCCAGCAUUUUUAAAACUGCCCAGAGUGACAUCGGCACGUCUGCUUCAGAAAAGGAAAAAGGCCUACUUAACCGUCUCCUUCCCAAAACUAAGGAGGAUAGCCCAUCAAGUACAGCAUCAGUCACAUCUUCAAUUCCAGUUUCUACAACUGUCAACCCCUCAGAAAAACCACCGCCCCCGGUUUGGAAAAAUCCCUCGGUGUCCCCCACCCAACGUUACCUCGAAGAGAUUCAGCGUCUCUUGUAUGGGACAGAAGGAGAGUACGGCUACAAGGACCUUUUGUAUAACUUUACAGAGCAUGGCGUGAUUCCACCAGAGCUCUACGAGCACCAGUGUCUCAUUGAGGCACUCCUUUGGCAGCAACUCAACGACUAUGCCCUCGCUGAGGCUCUUGCCACUCAAGAUCAGGUAAACUACUGUGAAUACAGAGCCCCUCCAACAGAUGCAGCCAGAGCAUCCCAGUUGGAGAGUCACAUGUGGCCGAGUCCUAAAGAAAUAGAUAUUUGUCAUUUUAAUGUGCCAUCACAUCCAUGGACGGAUCCGACCGCCCCACUUUUUGAAAGCAGAAAUCGGUUCCUGGAACCGAAUGAAGACUUAGUUUUGUUUGAUAUGACCUGCAGGGACAAGAAACCCUGGACGAGCUGUGAUCACCUGAAUGAAUUUGGCAGCAAGCAACAACCCUGGAUUAUGCACGGUGGAGGACUAAAUUUGUCUAGCUACAAGUCAAACACCAGACUAAAUCGGUGUCAGUCUCUCACAGAGUUCACCUACGUAUCUGAUAAGGCUACAACUUUAAAAGAUGCAACUAUAGAUGACUUUAGUUUGAAGUCAGCUACAGACUUUUUAAAACGGCUCGCCAAUAAAAAGGGUCCGGUGGAUCUAACGCGUGGAGCCAUGGAUUUAAGCAAAUCAGCCGGUUGCACUGUGUUCAAUGAUGAAAUGCUUUUCGAGGACUCAGAAUGGUACCAACAAUGGCUGUCACUGCUGGAUCAAGGGCUGUGGUGGCCAGCAGAAACCGGGGACUGUGGAUAUUAUGUAUAUACCAACGAGGGCUAUAUUUACUCUCUUUUAACGGACAGAGCUGGUAGGCACUUUUAUGCAUGUGCUGCUCCAGAAGACCUACAAACGCUCAACAACAUCACAGAAAACAUUGCAAACAUUCUAACGCAGAAAGAAAAGGAAAAAAUAACCUUGUGUGGAUUUAAAAUCCCCCUUUUUGUAGAAGAAAAAGCUCCUUGGUUUCCUGACCAGUUUCACAUCAGAUCAGGGCUUCCGGAUGCUCCAGAGGAUCUUACGUCUGCCCUAAGAAAAGGUGAAAAAAUAAUGAACAUGAACCUGGAAAGCUUCUCUCAGAUGUUUCAGGAAUCUCUAUCCUCCCAAGUCGAAGCUCCAGUGGACUUCACAGUCUACAAAUUAAAAAAGAUCACAGUGGGACCAGCAGAAAACCUUCACAACCAGUGCGAGACCCCAAUGAAAGCCGCUGAUCUGACAAUAAACUCGCUUAAAGCAGCUCACGGAGGACCUUACUGGAUGAAUCAGGGAGUUAAAGGCGUAUCCUCUAGUUCGCCCUCUCCAGGGUCCUCCAAGCCAGUAUCUCCGAAGAAACAUCACCCAAUCCCUGAAAUUAGAAUUGGGCAUGUGGAAGACACACCCAUGGACCAAUCUCAACCAAAAACAAGCUCUGCAGUCUCAGGAAAAAACAUUUCCAAGUCGUCUGUUGCUAAUGUGAGUAAAUCUCAUACUCUUCUGUCUUCAACAACCGUGUCAGCUAGCAAGCCGUCCUCAAAUGUCACCAGGAACCUUCCCCAGAAGCCAUCAGUGUCAAAGAUGCCUGAACUCAAGACAGCCAAUCUACCGCCUUCCCCAAUUAUUAGUCCAGCCCCUACAACGCUUUCAUCACCAACAGCUUCAGUUCCUUCAACCAACAUGUCUUCAUAUCAGAGACCUCGACUAGCAAGGCAGCAAUCUCAGGCAGACAAGUCCAAAAUAUUUCCACAAAACUCCAAGGCGCCAGUCUCUGCGAUUUGCACUGUCAACGAAAUCCCUCCUGCAGAUAUGUUAUCCCCCAUUCCAAAAGAUACUCGCAAAGAACCGCCACAGUUACACAUCCUGAAUCCCUACACAAAUGAUGAAACUAAACUUUACCAUACGAACCGUUACGUCGGUUCAUCGACUGGUACUCGGUUGAGCCACAAAGUAUUGGAUUUUUCUGCAACCAGUGAAAAGAACAAGCCUUCAACUGAUAAAUUUUCGCAAUCUGAAGCUUUGAAGCAAAAAUUGGAGGUUGUUGACUUUUCUAAACACAAGUUAAAACAAUGUAAAGAACCUGAGAAAAAUGUCUUGACUGACAAGGUGGCUGUUGAUCUUACCAAACAGAUGGAUAAAGAGGAGAAAGAAGGGAAGUGGACUUUAAUAGAUAAGUCAAAAAUUUGGGACGCAUUGCAGAGCACUUGCACAACUGCUGAUAAAUGUUUCACACCUGAAGAAACAUCCUGUCCUCAGUCACAUGUCCGAAGAUCGUCUGCAUCCAGAUAUUCUGCAACACCAGUGGAUGUGCAUAAAAAUGUGACACCAGCCAAGAAUGAGACCCAUCAAGUGGAUUGUUUCACCCAUGCAGCGAAAUCUAAAUCGAUACAAUCAGUGACAUCUUCUCCUCAAAUGAGUCCUGUUCCAAAGCAAAUCCACACUGAAGAACAGCAUCCAAAUUACACAUCCAAUGUACAAUCGCAACCCCAAGUGCCUUUAGUUGCCAAGUGGUCAUCACAACAGACAUGUGUCGACAGCAGAAGAGCAACCAUUACAUCCAUUUCCUCUCGGUCUAGUAAAAGCCAAGAGGUGACCAUGCCAGCAAACUUGUUUAAAGCCGUACUAGAUAUGUCUGAACCACACCAGACUUGUGCCGACAGCAGAAGGGCAUUGUUUACAUUUACUUCAUACAGGUCUCUUGAACACCAUGACAUCAGUGAGUCAGCAAAGUCAGUCAAAGCUGUCCUAGACAUGUCCGCAAAGAAGGAUAAAACUCCGCUUAAAGGCGACAAAAGUGUGACAAAAGAACCUGAGACGACUUCUGAAGCACUUGCACUGACAAAGAGAAAACCAGUAAGUCCAGAGAGAAAACACCUAGAUCCGAGUCAUUGGGAGUCUCAUGACUUGUCUUACAAAGAAGUCACAGAGCUCCAAGGACCUCCUUUUCAUGAAAACUAUGAAAAACGGUCAGCCACGAGAGAUGUUCAAAACGCUCACUACAGGGUGUUGUCACAGCCACAGUGUUCUUUUGAACACUGCCCCGGGGAAGCCUCUGCACCGGCCAAUUCAAUCAAAGCUGCACUUGACAUGUCUUCCAAACCAACUGGCUUAAAAUCGCUAGUACCCGACACAAGGAUGCAUGACACUCUGACUAAAGGAAUUCCCUUAAUGAAAGGGAAACCAACUGCCCGCCAGCUUGCACGAAACAAUUCUGUCGGCGUUGCACUUGUCAAAGACCUUCCCCCUCAAGAAUCCCUCGAGUGGAUUCAGUGUCAAAAACAGAUUACAGUUUCCAUCCCACCCCAGUUAAAUUGUUCAGAUGCCAUUUUAUCAGAUAUGGUCCCAGCAUCCACUUCUGUAAUUUCCACAACAGGAACUCCCCUAGAUAUGUCACCAAAGCCACCCCAGAUCACAGAAAUAAAAGCAGCAGAGUCUUGUUUAGGUCUUCAUGAAGCGGUUUCACUCAUCAAUAAACCAAGUGCACGAGUGAUGGCAAGGAAAGACUCUGUCGGCCUACCACUGGUAGUUGAACUAGAAUCUAUAUACCACAAGAUAUCUCCAGCUGGAUCAGAGCAACGAAAGGUUGCUCUCACUGUACUCAACACAACAGAGAACCUGCACAGACAGAUACCAUCAUGCCAUGCCAAUAAGUUAAUGUCCUCCUUGCACAAACAAUACCCGCAAACAAACAAACCAGUGGACUUCUCUGCAAAAGACCGUGUGAAAACAACAAACAAUUCCAGGAUUUUUACUGAGGGAGAAGAUGGACAGCCCAUAAAUUUCACUAAUCACAACACCAAAAAAGAAUUAUUAGAAAUAGAGCAAGGUGGGAGGCAAAUCAAAAAGAAGUUGUUACAAGGUUUAGUGGACCUAACGGUAGAUCCUCAAAAUGAGAUCACAAAUGGUCAGACUUCGAGUGUAAACAAUCUUUCGUUACCUUCUUUGCAUCGAAGCUGCCUUUCCCAACAACAGGAGUAUAGGACAAUUCCCAACCCUCAGGAAAUGUGUAAAUUCUCACAUAAUAAUCACACUACUACUCAACUAGAAAUGACUGACCUCUCAGGAAAACAACUUCAUGUUGUACCCUACUUUGGUAUUCAAGCUUCACUGGACGUCUCGUCCUCCAACAACCUCACGUAUCACCAGGCCAGUGCAGAAAGUUUUGAAGCUACGAAAUAUUCCCAAAUAUAUCCAAACAGAACAGAAUUUAGUCUUGAAACCUACAGAACACCUGCAGGUUCAGUGACUUCCCUAACAUCAGUCACCAUGUUGCAAAGACAAGAUCGAAGUAUUCCUGCAAAACCAAAAAAUCUAAUCAAGCAGCCAACUAUGGAAAACUGGGAAGAAAGUCCAAUGCAAAGUGUUACAGGAAGCUAUCAAAAGCAACCCCCUACCAUGCAACCAUAUGUUCAACAAACAAUCGAUAGUUCUCAGACUUUAUACAGUCAAUCGUCACAUGUAUCAGCUGUUAUACAAGUAUCUGAACAACAUAAAAUAGAUAAUGCCCUGAAGUUUGACAGUACUCAACCUUUAAGGACAAUUACAACCCCUCAACUAUCAACACAGCCUGAGACAAGCCGAUACCCCCUCACUAUGCACCAAAAUUAUGUACCAAAUGUGGGUUCAAGCUCUACCAGUUCUAUUGAGUUUGCAGCAGGAUUUACAGCACUUGUGUCACAACCCAUGACUGAAAAGCAAGGAUCUUUAAAGCAUGCAGGGGAACAGGAUUUUAGAGUGAAACUCCAAACACAAGACUCAACGCCUCCGCCCCAACCGGCAUCCUCUCCAGUCAAGGGGUUGGUUUCAAUGUUUAGUGGUCUAAGUUCCAAUGAUCAUGUCCAUAGCAAGCAAGCAGAGGUCAAACCAAACCUCACAAUAACUGGGUCUACACCAAAGGACCCAAAGUCUCAUCCCACACCCUUGGAAAUUGAUCAUGGUGACCAUGUUGCAUGUUCUCCUGAUGUAAGAGUAGAAGCAUUAGUUGGUACCGUCCCAUGUGCACCUGCAUCUUUGGAGAGUUCUUUGCCUAGGCGACCAUCACUCAUUUCUGAAUCACAAGACAAAGUCGGCAUCUUAAAAUACAGUGGCUCCGGGUAUCAUGGACCUGUGACAUCAUCAUCCAGUGUCACAGUUCAGCUUGUCCAAAAAACUCAACAUUCACCAAAUGAACUAGGAAACAAAACACUUUCCAAAGUCGACCUCACUGAAGACUCUUUAGUAGAACCCCCACUUAAAGUGUGUGAAGGUUCAUCUGAAACUAUAUCAGAUGAGUCCAACACACACUCUCUUAAUCUAAGUACUGGAAGUGUUAUAUUACAAGACAAAAAGAGCCAACCUAAGUCCAUCUACAUUGGCAUUAAUGCUACGGACAUGUCACCUGUUGAAAAACCGAUGGAGCUAAGUGAGCCGCGACCAUAUGUCAGACUACCCCAUAUAUUUGUCUCGGCUGCGAGUUCACCAGAAGAUGAGGCAAUUGAAGAGGAGCCCGAAGAAUCUGAAGGAGAUAUUACUGAUGAAGGUACCACUGCAACUGCUGUCAACCUAUCAGAAUGUCAGAAAGAUUCUAAACCUCACGAUGACAGUACAUCUUUGGGUAAUGAAGCUACAGAUGUCAUUAGCACAGAAACUACACCUUGCUUACCUGAAAGGUUACCACAGACUUCAAUAAAGGAUUUCAAUGCAAAUGAUCACAGGCAAAAAAUGGAUCAUCCUGAUAUGGAAGCCUCUGUCUCCGAUGCUGAUCUGACAGCAGAGAGCGUUGCCGUUUGUGAACCACCUGUUGAAGAACAAGUAGCACAGCUAGAAGACGAUAAGCCACCAAGUGAUCUGGUAACAUCACCCCAAGAAGAGAAAGAUACAGAACCUCCAAGUGCGGAAAAUAGUACAACUCUUGACUCGCCUGACAAAACGUUUCUCAACAAAAUGACAGAAUCGUCAUCAGAUAUAAAAUCCUCUGAAGAAUUCCAACAACUUGACGACAAUACUGAAAAGGAUGCUCAUUUUUCUAUUUCUGAAGACAGUUCUUACAAAGAAACUUCCAAGGACAAUAGUAUAACUGCUAAGAUCGAUGAACUGCCUAAUGAGCAACAAGGAAAGAGAAUUGCAAGCCCAGAGCACACGACUUCCCAUUCUGGAUCGUCAGUACUUGGAGGUAUUUUCCCUACCUCAAUUACGAAAGAUACAACUGGAACUGGUUUGCUGUCAAUGUUUGGUGGUUCAAAUACUCCAGCAUCCCCUGAAACAAAAGGACCAUUACCUCAAUUAGCCCCUAAGGAGCCACAAGGUAAAGGUCUACUCUCGAUGUUUGGGGGUUCAAAUGCUCCAGCAUCACUUGAAGCAAAAGAACAAUUACCUCAGUCAACCCCACCUGAGCCACAAGGAAAAGGUCUACUUUCAAUGUUUGGUGGAUCAAAUGUCAUCCCUCCGGAAACCAAAGGAUUGUCACCUACUUUAAACUCACAAGAACCACAAGGAAAAGGGUUACUCUCAAUGUUUGGUGGAUCAAAUUCUCAAGCCUCCCCUGAAACCAAAGGAUCAUUACCUCACUCAAUCCCACAAGAAUCGCAAGGAAAAGGUCUAUUCUCAAUGUUUGGUGGGUCAAAUGUUCCUCCUCCUCCUGAAAAUAAAGGAUUGUCACCUUCAUCAGCACCACAAGAACCACAAGAAAAAGGUUUACUCUCAAUGUUUGGUGGGUCAAAUGCCCCAGUGUCUCCUGAGACCAAAGGACCAUUACCUCAGUCUAGUCCACAAGAACCACAAGGAAAAGGUUUACUCUCAAUGUUUGGUGGGUCAAAUGCUCCUGCAUCCCCUGAAACUAAAGGGCCAUUACUUCAGUCCACCACUCAAGAGCCACAAGGAAAAGGUUUACUCUCAAUGUUUGGUGGGUCAAACACCCCUGCAUUCCCAGGAGCCAAAGGACUGUCACCAUCUUCAAGUCCACAGGAAUCACAAGGAAAAGGUUUGUUCUCCAUGUUUGGUGGCUCGAGUAGUAAUUCACAAGCUGGACCAAGAGGCCCAACUGCUGGAAGUCUACCAGUAAGAGGCCCUCAACCUAAAGAACCAACAGGAAAAAACUUGUUUUCUAUGUUUGGGGGAGCUGGGCACCAACAGGGGUCAAAUACAAGAGGUCCUGCACCGGCUAGUGCUGGAUCUUCUUUAUUUGGAGGCAUCCUCCAAAGUUCUUCUUUCAAUAAAGAUAGCCCAGGCACAGGCCUGUUCUCCAAGCUUGGAGGUCCCAGUCCCUCGGCUGGACCAAGAAUGCCGGUAGCAGGACAUAAAGAACCAACAGGACUCAGAGCUUCAGAACCCUCUGAAAAAGGAUUGUUCUCAAGAUUAAGUGGACAGAACCAGCAGAAUAAGACACCUGAAACAGAGGCAGGUUUUAAAGUUUCUUCUGUUUUCUCACUUGGAGCUAGCUCUGACGGAAAUAUAACCAAAGCUGGGUUUGGGAUGUUUGGAAUGUCUUUCAUGGAGGAGUCCAAAAAAGAGCCAGAAUCAGUUGCUCCUGUCACGGAGGCUAAUUGUAUAAGUGAAGAUAUAAAAUCCCCAGAAACAAAAGAGGCUCUCUUGAUAACACCUUGCCCCAGCGAAGACGUUAAACUCCCAGAAAGGAAUGAGGCUCUCAAGAUGGAGCCAAGUGCAAUUGAAGAAUUAAAACCCUCAGAAACGAAGGACACUCUCGAGCCGAGUACAAGGGAAGAUGCAACACCUCCCGAGACUACAGUUAAUGUAGACCCCAAGCCUCAGGCUAAUGAUAACAUAUUGAAUGAACAUGAAUGUGAAGAAACACAAGACUGGUCCAAGCAGACAUUUGACAAUCAUGUUCCAUUAACGGGAGAGGACGAUACUGAAAAAAUUCCACUGUGUGCUGAAAAUGAGUCCGAUGUAGUGUCAGAUACACAAAAGCUAACUAGUCUACCAGAGAAUGACACCAUACAUGAUACAGAAGCUGUUAUUGCUGAUAAACAAUCAGACAACCAAUCCAGGGAAGUUGGUGAAUCAGAGACAGGAAAAGAAAUCAAACCGCUUGUGGUAUUGGACAUGGAGCACAAUGUAAAGAAUACAAUUAUGGAUUGCGAUGAAGUUGGCAGACCCAACAUGAUAGAAGUAGAACAUUUUCAACUUGGUGUUGAAAACAUACCAAUUAAUGAGCAAGAAACACAUAUGCACCCCGAAAGUCCACCAAAGACUCUCGGUGAAGAUGAAGAACCCAACAUAGAGAAAGUAAAACUGAAAGAACAAACAGUUGAUGUGGAAAAAACAACAUCUGACUCAUUUGAUGUUACUGAUGUUAAGGAGGUUACAGAGGCGGAGGACGCAUGUGUAGCCAAAGCAGAGGAACCCAUGACAGAAACAGUGACUACCCUCCAAACCUUAGAAACAUCAGAAACUGCAGAGGAACCUAUUAAGGCAGAACCCUCAGUAAAACAGCCACUUGUACUUGAGGAAGACUCUGAUAGUACGAUUCCAUUAGGCUCUAUAAAAGACGAAGAUAAAGGUCCUCUAACCAAGCCACCAGAAAUUGUGCUCUCAGACACUGUGGAUAAAAAGGCUCCGAUGCCCAGUCCUGAUAUACCUCUACCACAGCCUCUGUCAGGUAGACCACCUGUCCCUCCUGGGCAAAGAACGGGUGUACCAAGAAUAAGAGGCCCUACAGAGAUGAGGGGACAGAGAAUGCCGGGGCCCAGAAUGCCAGGACCCAGAAUGCCAGGACCCCAGAAGCCUCCUGAGCCGACUCCAUUUUCUGGCUUCAUGUCAAUGUUCUCCAACCCUCCCAGCGCACCUAGUAAACCAGCAAGUAUUGGUGGCUUCUUCUCAAGCUCUCCAGGUUCCCUCUUUGGGUCGUCUGCUCCUCGUCAACCGCAAAAACCACAACAGCAGCCACAGAAAAGCUCAUUUUUUGGCCUUCCGAGUAGCAUUGCCCCUGAAUCUCUUACAGGAGACAUUCUUGGUAUGUUCAAGGGUCCUGAAGCGACAAAGUCUGAGGAGCCUCAGCCUUCAUCUGAAAAGACUGUAGAACAUGUGGAAACCACAGAGGACUCCAUUCCUGAAAAGGGGUCAUUGGAGGAAGCUGAACAUGCAGAUAAAAAAGAUGGUAACGAAAGUCCUAUUCCUGAACAAGAGGUGGAAAUAUCUGAGAAACCUGGACAGGAUGAAGACCAACCUGAAGUGUCUGAUAAAGCAACAUCACUUCCACCUCCUGAAGCCCAAGAGCCUGUGCCUGAGACCAAAACCAGCUCUGAAAUACCAAACAUAGCUGCACCUAAAUUUGGAUUCUUGUCCGUCGCUGCUGAAGGAACUUCAUCACUCGGAUCCCUCUUUUCAUCCUCAACAUCUCCAAGCAUGGAUGCAAAACCAUCUCAGCCCCCACAACCAGAAGGAGGUCUCUUCUCUGGUUUUAAAAGUCUCUCAGCAGGUAUUUUCCAGGAUGAGAAACAACCAGGAAAGGAAGAAGCGGCGUCGGUUUUCGGCGUGAAACUCGGGUCAAUGUUCGGAAGUUCGGAUCCCCCCAAACCUGCAGUUGUGGUCACCACCCAACCGCAGCCUCAAAGUUCAAAACCCGCAUACGAAGUGGACAAACUCUCCCAAGGGUCAGGAGACACAGAGAGUGGCACAGAAGGACAGAGCGGUACUUCAAGAACUGGAAGCUGUGACACCCUAGCUGAGUCACCUCAGACAGGACUCGCUUCUGAGUGCCUGUCCUUGGCAGAAGGUCCGGUAGAACCUCAGGUGCGAGUCAUUUCUUGUGAGGGAGAUGAAAGUAUGGCUACACUGCUGAACACUGAGACUUCGAAGAACCUCCUGACACAAGAAACCGCUCCAAGCAGCCGCUUGGACUCUUCUGACAAUAUUAGCCAGAGCAGCUCCCAGCUCAGCUCCGAGCCCGAGUCGGGCCAUCCCCCGGAUGUAUGCCUCCAUUCCAAUUCCAUUCUUCAGGAAAGCCAACCACCUACGUGCGACAAAGAAGAAGCUGAGAAACCUACACCAGAAACAGAAGGGCAGAGGGACUCCUUGCACCUGCAACCCAAAACUGUCAAAAUUUGGGACAGUGACGAAAACAAGACCAGAAGUGAUACCAGUGUGUCACUGGACGAUCCCCCUCUGUGUUCUCCUUCAAAGAUUCACUGGCUCAAAGCAUACUACAAAGUCAGGGCCAAACUCCUCCAGAGCCAAGAUGGCGAUCCCGACAGGCAGCCAUGGGCUAAGCCAGGGGAAAACACACCGUUCGGCAUCGAUAGCAUGCCAGACCUGCGAAAGAGGAGGCCCAUUCCCCUUGUUAGUGAAGUGACCAUGAUCCGGUCCAGAAAGGCUGGACUGUCCCACACGUUGGCCACACGAACCUCCCUUAAGGACAAAGAACUUAAAACUCAUGUGUACAAAAAGACACUGCAGGCUCUCAUCUAUCCAAUCUCUUGCACCACGCCGCACAACUUUGAGGUGUGGACCGCCACCACGCCCACCUACUGUUACGAGUGUGAAGGACUGCUGUGGGGCAUCGCCCGGCAGGGCAUGCGCUGUGCUGAGUGUGGCGUCAAAGUCCACGAGAAGUGUCAAGAACUGCUCAACGCCGACUGCUUGCAGCGUGCGGCAGAGAAGAGCUCCAAGACGGGAGCGGAGGAUCGAACGCAGCAUAUCAUCAUGGCCAUGAAGGACCGGAUGAAGAUUCGCGAGAAAAACAAACCGGAGAUCUUUGAGGAAAUCCGGCGGGUGUUCGACAUAUCUAGGACGCUCCACAACCAGCACAUGAAAAACAUCAAGCAGAACGUCUUAGACGGGACCUCAAAGUGGUCAGCAAAGAUCAGCAUCAACGUUGUCAGUGCGCAGGGUCUCCAGGCCAAGGACAGGACCGGUUCCAGUGACCCUUACGUCACCAUUCAGGUAGGCAAGACCAAAAAGAGGACAAAGACCAUCUACGGGAACUUGAACCCAGUCUGGGAGGAGAAGUUCAGCUUCGAGUGCCAUAACUCGUCAGACCGUGUGAAACUGCGCGUCUGGGACGAGGACGAUGACAUCAAGUCGCGGGUGAAGCAGCGGCUCAAGAGGGAGUCCGAUGACUUUCUGGGACAGAGUAUCAUCGAGGUCCGCACGCUCAGCGGCGAAAUGGACGUCUGGUAUAACCUGGAAAAGCGAACUGAUAAGUCGGCAGUGUCCGGUGCCAUUCGCCUUCAUAUCAGCGUGGAGAUCGAAGGCGAGGAAAAGGUGGCGCCGUACCACAUGCAGUACACCUGCCUCCACGAGAAUAUGUUUCACUUGGUGACUGACGUGGAGGGCGGCGGUGUUGUCAAGUUCCCGGUGGCGCAGGGAGACGACGCCUGGAAGGUUUACUUUGACGAGGUGCAGCAGGAAAUUGUGGAUGAGUUCGCCAUGCGGUACGGCGUCGAGUCCAUCUACCAGGCCAUGACCCACUUCUCGUGCCUGUCGUCCAAGUACAUGUUGUCGGGCGUGCCGGCCGUCAUGAGCACACUAUUGGCCAACAUCAACGCUUUCUACGCACACCCAAGCGCCACCAACACCAACGUUUCCGCACCUGCACGGUUCGCCGCCUCCAACUUCGGGAGGGAUCGUUUUGUCAAACUUUUGGAUCAGCUGCACAAUUCACUGAGGAUUGAUCUCUCCAUGUACAGAAACAACUUUCCCGCCAGUUGUAAGCCCCGCCUUCAGGAUCUCAAGUCUACGGUGGACCUCCUGACCAGCAUCACCUUCUUUAGGAUGAAGGUCCUGGAGCUGCCGAGCCCCCCCAGGGCGUCGGGGGUGGUCCGCGACUGCGUCAAGGCCUGCCUCAACUCCACCUACGAGUACAUCUUUAACAACUGCCUGAACCUGUUCAAUCGCCAGUUCCAGACCACCGCUCCUCCUGAGCCAGAAAAGGAGAUAAAAAAGAAGAAAAAAAGGGAAAAAGCUGAAGGAGAAGAAGGGGGAGAAGAGGAAGAAGAAGAAGAGGAGGAGGAGGAAGAGGAGGAGAAAAAAGAGGAGAGCCAGCCUCCAGAGGAGCAAGGCCCGAGCAUCCAGAAUCUGGACUUCUGGCCCAAACUCAUCACGCUCAUCGUGUCUAUCAUUGAGGAGGACAAAAGUUCCUACACACCUAUCAUCAACCAGUUUCCUCAGGAACUCAAUGUAGGGAAAGUCAGCGCUGAGGUGAUGUGGACGCUCUUUGCUCAGGAUGUCAAGUACGCUCUGGAAGUUUUGACUAAAGGCAAUCGCCACCUCAGGAAGGCUGCAGCAGCUCCCGACACCUUCCGCAUUCGCAGAAUAGACUUCCAGAAGGAGCACGAUCAUCAUCGUCUGUGCAAGGCAUCCGACUACAUGAAUCUUCACUUCAAAGUCAAGUGGCUCUACAAUGAAUACAUCUGUGAUCUUCCCGCCUUCGUUGACACCGUUCCCGAGUAUCCUUCGUGGUUCCAGCAAUUUGUCCUGGCCUGGCUGGCUGAGAAUGAAGAUGUUUCUAUGGAGUUCAUGCACGGAGCCUUGGAAAGGGACAAGAGGGAAGGUUUCCAGCCGACGUCAGAGCAUGCGUUGUUCUCAUGCUCGGUGGUGGACGUAUUCACGCAGCUCAACCAAAGUUUCGGGAUUAUCCGCAAGCUGGACUGUCCUGACCCUGCAGUGUUGGCUCAAUACAACAUACGAUUCGCAAAGACCAUCAGCAAAGUGCUGCUGCAGUACUGUGCUCUGCUGGCCAAAAGCUUCCCUUCCUACUGCGAUAAGGAGAAGAUUCCGUGCGUGCUGAUGAACAACAUCCAGCAGAUGCGAGUCCUUCUGGAAAGGAUGUUUGAGACCAUGGGAGCAAAGCAGUUGGACACGGAGGCUGCUGACAUCCUUAAUGACCUCCAAGUGAAACUCAACGACGUACUUGACAACUUUAGUGCGGUCUUUGCCAAGAGCCUAGGGACACGCAUCAGCACGUGCAUGCGUCAGAUGGCUGAGCUUCUGUACCAGAUGAGGGGCCCCCCCAACCCCAAGACAGCUGAGGGGGACGCCGACGCCAUGCUGAGACCUCUCAUGGACUUCCUAGACACCAAACUCAGUGUUUUUGCUGACGUGUGCGAGAAAGCAGUCCUGAAAAAAAUCCUGAAGGACUUGUGGAAAGCGGUCCUAAGCGGUCUAGAGAAGAACAUCGUGUUGCCACAGGCAAACGACAGCCUGGGUGCGCAGAUCCUCACCGCUGCCAAAGGACUCUCCAACCUCAAGGGCGGCGGCGGUGGCGGCGAAGCCAAAACGCUGACGCCCAAGCAGUGCGCAGUGAUGGACGCCGGCUUGGAGAGCCUCAAGCAAUACUUCCAUGCUGGCGGGAAUGGGCUGAAGAAAUCGUUUGUGGAAAAAAGUCCAGAGCUGGCAUCUCUGCGUUACGCUUUGUCGCUUUACUCAUUGAGCACAGACGCUCUCAUCAAGACAUUCGUCAGCACGCAGCGCCAGCAAGUGCACAGCGGCAUGGGAAUCAGAAUCAUGCCUAAUGAGAAGAUUCGACCCGAUCGAGGUUCUGGCGUCGAAGAGCCCAUCGGAGAAGUGGUCUUGCAGGUAGACGUCAUGGCCAAGGAACGCAAAGUCAACGUGAAAGUGAUCGGCGUGAACGACGUGCACUGGCGGACAUCCGGAAUGUUCCGACCGUUUGUGGAGUUGUGGCUGCUGGGGCCGACUCUGGGCGACAAGAAACGCAAGUUCACCACCAAGUCCAAGAACAAUUGCUGGAGCGCCAAGUUCAACGAGAGCUUCCAAUUCAUGCUGGGCAAAGAGGGCUGGGAGUGCUGCGAGCUGCACGCGUCACUCAAGGACUACUGCUUCGGGCGCGCCGACCGUCUGGUGGGCGUGGCGGUGGUGCAGCUGCGUGACGUGGCCGAGCGUCGCGGCUGCGUCUGCUGGUGCCCCCUCGGCCCCGCCGUACGCACCGACGAAACGGGCACCACUGUCAUGCGCAUCCUGUCCCAGAGGCCCAACGACGAGGUCGCCAAAGAGUUCGUCAAGAUCAAGUCGGAGACACGGCCACCCGAGGAGGGGAGGUGAACGCGGCCCUUCGUGGAACUAGAGACUUUUGGAAAGCCUUUUUUCCUGGAAGAUGUUUUAAGUUUACAAAAUUUUACAGCGAGUUCCGAACAUAUUGUUACAGUUUACCAGUAGUACCAAGAACUGAAUACCCCAAGAACUUAAGAUGGAGCUGUAAACUAUUCCAAGUUUAGUUAUGGGAUCCUUUAUCUGGAACAAAGAGGGAGACUGCAAGGGUGAUUGCACUUUUGGAAAGCCAGGAACUAAAAUACCCAAUACAGUGGUACCUCUACUUACGAAAUUCAUUGGUUCUGGAUAGAGCUGCAACUCACGAUUAUUUUUAUAAUUGAUAAAUCGGAUAAAUUUAACUUUUGAAGUUGUUUAGGCAUGCUGUAAGUAACAAUGAAGACAAAAUGGAUGACUAUUUCCUUCAAAAAUAUUUUAUUACGGCUUCCUGACUUAAAAGAGUACACGACAGUUAAGUACAUAAAACUUGUUAAAGUUUUUACUAAAGGUUCUGAGUAUAAAACAUAAGUUUUUCACAGUACAGAAAUCAGACCAAAAAAAAGCUGUUGACAUUUUUAUCCCUUGUGGGCAAAGCGCUGACAUUGUGUCAAACUCAUUUAUUUUAAAAAACUAAACUACAAAAUCGAAUAAGGAGGCAGACUGUAAUGACUGUUUUCUUUAUCAAACAGUUGUUCAUAAAUACAAUCCAGAUCCAAUUUCAAAGCACACUCUCUUGUAUGACAAUUUACUGUUUGAGUUUGUGUUGAAAGGAGACGCUAAGCUGUUAUAUGAAUGGGUUUAUGUUUGUGGUUUCUUUGUAAAAAGAAAUGAGACACCUUUACUAUCUAACAAUAAGCCAAGUGCUAAUAUGCGUCUCCAAAACACGAUACAAACGGGCACUUAAAACACGGAUUAGCAUCAUCGUUAACAAGCAUAGCGCUCUGUGCUAAGUAGUAACGUCUCAUAGAAUCAGAAUACGAACAAUACAAUCGGCUUCAUUUACUCACCUCUGACGGAGGCACACUAGAGCUAACAACACAAAAGACAAUCUAACAUUCAACAUUUCGUAACAUUACUGUAUUGAUUCAGCAAACCAACCUGAGUGUAGCAGUGAACUCUCUUGCUUUAAUCACUAUUGCACGCCACCUCACAUUACGCACAAACAAGGACCCAAACAGGACUGCUCAUAGCUGCCGGCAAAAAUGAAUUGUCAAAUUAGUUUGCAACUAAUUUAUGAAUCGAUUAGUUGUUGCAGCCUUAGCUCAGUAAGUAAAGAGGCAUUUCCCAUGUAAAUGCCCUAAUCCAUUCCAAGCCCCCUUAAAUUCAGACAUACUAUUAAAUCUUUUGUAUUGCAUAAAAAUGCAUCAAAACAUGUCACAAAUACAUGGUGCGAUUAGAUUAUUGCACAAUAAACUUAAAAUUAGAGUUGUGCAUAAUGUUAAAAACCAAGAAUAAAGAAUAAGUUAAUACGCAUAUAAAGCUGUCGGAACACGAGGGGCGAAUGAAGAGGAUGUUGGGAUACACAUGCAGUCGAGAUCCCUCUUAGCCAAUUGGAUGCCAGAGCAGCUAUAAAUAUAUUACAUUCAGCCAUACUGUAUUUUUGCCUUUGCUAUCCUGAAAUUUCUUUCGGAAGAGGCAAUAUUUUCCCGUUUAGGUGUGUGUUAACUGGAAAAUUCCGUAUGUAGAGACGUUCAUAAGUAAAGGUACCACUGUACCUUCAAGGAUAUUCAGGGGAUAUUGUCUACAUUUACUUCCAGGGUAAAUAAUGGGAAAACAAAAUGCAUUCCUCCCAAAGGAACUUCCUGAUGUUUACAAAUAUUUCCAAUGCAAGCCAGUUAGCUUAACCCUUGCGUGCUUACGUAUUAUAAAUGGCUGCCAUUUUGUCGAUGGGAAUCAAGUAGCUGAUGACUGCUUUUGAAAGCCUUUUAGACAGAAUUAGCAUUUAUAAUCAUUAAUUGUAAAAGAACGGCUGUAAUUAGGAUUGUAGUUUGAGUACAUUUCUUCACUCGGUGUCUUUAAACUGGUGCUUGCUUGACAAUAACACUGGGAUUCGAAAAAGGCAGGAAAGCAAAUUUUUGGUUUGUGUUGAGUUGCAGACACAAAAGGACAUCCUUCUGUUUUUAUUUUUUAAUUUUUUUUGCCUUGGAUCCAAACUGACAACUGCUGCCAAAACAAGGACAAACCUUUAACUUUGUGACGAUUCAAAGUGUCUCUGCUGGAUGUUUUGAACUGGAUUUCAACACAUAAAGUGCGAGUAGAACCUAGACAUUCAGAUGAAUUGUAGAUUUACGAUGUUGCGUGUUUACAAUGUGCCAAGAAAUCCAAAAGCUGCUCUUGUAUGUACAUUAAAAAAAAAAAAAAAAAAAAGAAACAAAGCAUGUAUUUGAACCGAGUGUACAAACUCUUUUGCCAUGUAUUUAAUGUGAAAUAUGGAGAUUCAUCAAAUACGUCAUUAAUGAACAAAUUGUGUGAUA